CGAUGGUACAGAGCUCUUUGUGUGCGAGACCGACUCCCACUUGACCGAUUUUUGUACUUUGGAUUUUGAAUUUUUGUGAUUGUUUUUGUGGUGGAAUGUGGAUGUGAUUUUGGCUGAAAACAUAAAGUCAAGUUUGAUAAUAAUUUUAAUACGUAGAAUUUAGUAAUUAGUCAAAGUUGGUCAUAUUAUUACAUAUUAGGAUUUUACAGUAAUGCAUAAUCCUGUAGUUAUACCUUAAUUUAAGGACAAAAGUGCAAAAAUAGUACUAACUAUUGACCUGGCAAAAAAUGGAUAUUAUCAUAAAAGUUAAUAAUCAAUCCAAUGGAAGAGACAAAAUUGCGAGAUUAUGCCAGUACACCAGUAGGUUAAUAUGGCACCAACUUGAAUCUAGAAAUGUAAAUAAAUACUCAAUAGAUAGAAUCAAAAGCUUGGAAAAUGCAUUGAGCUCCUUUCGAAAAGUUCUUCGUUUGGGUAGAUGCAUAGACAUCGUUUAUAUGGCGCUGAACACAAUGAACAUAGAAGACCCGGUCUUAAGAAUAUCAUUGACUGUGAGCAAACUAGCUCAUGCACUUUUUUUGUAUGCCGACCACAUAGUGUGGCUGACAAAAAGUGGAUUCCUCAAAACCGAUUCAGACAGUUGGAACAAAACAGCAAAUAGAUUCUGGUUGUUAUCGAUUAUUGCCAAUUUAGCUAGAGAUUUUUAUGAAAUACUACAUAUCUUGGAAUUGAAUAGAUCUGUUUUGCUUAAGCCAUCAGAGUUAUUGGGUGGUUCAAUUAAGAAUUUUGACUUAAAUGCGAGCAUGAGGCACAUGUGUACGAUUGUUAAUUGUCAUAAAGAUGUCUUCAUAGACACUGUAAAGAAUUCCUGUGAUCUGUUCAUUCCGUUAACCGCGUUAGGGUUUACUAAACUGAGUCCUAGUGCUGUUGGUGCAUUAGGUGCUGUGUCUUCCAUUGCUGCCUUAGUGACAUUAAUCAAACCUAUUACAAAACUAGUUCCUGCCUGAAUCUGAAUAUUAUGUAAAAGACGGGAAAAGUAAAACUGUUGUGUGGUUUAACAUUUUUGUAUCAAUGCUAUUAAAACUGGCAAUGAGAAACAUUCCAGGGCGUCUUCCUCAAAAGGUUCAUAGAAUAUAGAUGGCGUUGUUCAUGCCCUUCCAAAGAAAGUCUUAGAUUUUUCUUUAAUUUGACUUUUGUGUUCGCUAAGAGUGAUUAUAAUUAAGCGUUUUCGCUUUGUUUGCGUGGAUUUAGGCUUUUAAAAAUUUCGUGGUUUUAAAAAUUGGUAUUAUACCAUUAUUUUAAGUACAUGUAAACAAAUAAUCUUUAUCAAAGUAUCUUUAUGAUUUUAAUAUGUUUAUUAUAGGUAUAAAAGAGUGUGACUGUAUCAAACAUACACAUGUUGCGUUAGGAGGGCAUAUAGUUCGUCCUACAUGAUGAGUAGGACAGAAAAUACAUAUUAUGUAACAUAUUUACUUUUUACAUUACAGGUAUAGUCAACAACAAAGCUAAAUUUGCACCCGCCAAUACGUAAGCGACUAUGAACGGGUGCAAACCUAACUUUGUUGCUGACUGCUUGUUGCACUAGCUACCUCUUUUGUAUUAGGGUCUCGUACUCAAAGG